CUGCACAGUGCUCUCAGUUUCACAGCAGCAGCAGCAACAGCAGCAACAGCGGCAGCCGUGAAAACGACACGCUCUGCAGUCAAGAUGAGUGCUGGGGAUGUGGUCUGCACAGGCUGGCUCAUUAAAUCCCCUCCGGAGAAAAAACUAAAGAGAUUUGCAUGGCGAAAACGCUGGUUUGUGCUCCGAAGAGGUCGCAUGAGCGGCAAUCCUGAUGUGUUGGAAUACUACCAAAGCAAGAACUCUAAAAAGCCAAUCCGUACCAUUGACCUGAAGGAGUGCGAGGUGGAGAUGCAUAACGGACAACUGCGGAUAAAGCGAGACUUUCAAGGAAAGCACCUUUUUGUGGUGAAAACGUCAUCUCGCAUUUUUUAUCUGGUGGCAAAAACUGAGGAAGAGAUGAACAGCUGGGUCAACAGCAUCAGUCAAAUCUGCCAAUUUGGGAACCUGGAGGAGGCAGAGAGCUCAGAAGACGGCAUCUCUCUCACCCCUACUUCCAUUCAGCCCUCUCCUGAUGGAUCUGACCGAGUGUCUGUGGCGAGCCAACCGGAUACUGGUCAUCCACACGAUUACCUCUUUCUCUCACAGUGUGAGACAGGGAGUGUAGGCACUAGUAGACAUGACAGCUUCUCAACCUCUGACAUUUCUCUGGAGCAGAAGUCAUCAGACGAUGCUGUCAAGGACGCAUACGCUGAAUCUUCCUCAUCCUCCAUCUCUCACGCGAGUCCCAGUCCAUCUUUUUUCCCCCAUGGAAGGUUGACCAAUCCUCCAUUCAGCGCUCCAUGUGCCUUCACAGUUUUACCUUCAUCGUCUUCUUCUCCACUACUGCAUUGUGCCACAAGUGUCUUCCAGUUUGACAAACCUUACCCGUCUGCAGCGGGUGAUAUACAAACACCUCCUCCACUACCACCUAAGCCAAAUCACCUGUCAGAGCAGCUAAGUGAUGGAGGAGGUCACAAGUCAAGGGCAAUAAGUGCGCAGCAUUUCCCAAGCAAUGUGCCAUUAUUUUCCCGAAGGACCUCUUUGUCUGGCUUGGACCAUUUCAGAAUGGGUAAUGCUGAAAGAUUAAUGAGGAACAGGAGGCAAAGUGUUAAUUUGCCUUGUUUAAAUACCACGCAAGUUCAAAGCUACCAAGAUGAGUCAUAUGUCCCCAUGGCAUCCCCUUCCCCCUCUCUUACAACAAUCGAAUGUGACGGUUACAUCCCCAUGAGCCCCAGGACAUUCAGCUUCCUUGGUUCAAACAGCAGUGUUGAGUCUUCCUCAAGUUAUAGCCCACUGAUGUGUCAACCUGGAGAUCUUGCACCACCUCCAAUUCACCGGCACCUCAAACCCCGUUUGAGGAGAACUCGACCCCCACCCCUUGACUUGAGAGGUCUUUCUACAAUCACCGAAUGUCCCACUCAUCUUCCUCUGAGCAGAGCAGUGACAGAGUCAUCCUUCUCAGCAAACCAUUUACCUCUGGACAGAAGACUUGAGAAUGUGGACGGUUCAGGAGAUGAAGUGACAAGCUGCUCAGCACUGGAAUCAAGACAAUCUUUCAGUCCCACACUUGAUGGAGUAGUUCAACCUUGGCCAAGAAGGUCAAACCUCGACUAUUUGUCACUGGAUUUCAACUCUGCAUCCCCUUCCCCUGUGCAGAAGAAGCCAUUUCUGUCAGAUGAGUACAAAGUUGACUAUGUGCAGGUGGAUGAGAAGAAGACUCAGGCUCUUCAAAACACCAAAAUGGAGUGGACGGAUGUCCGGCAGUCAAAAACAUAAAUGGAGUAUGAAUGGUGACAUAAUAUUCAACAUAUGGUUUCAAGAUUAUCAACAAACAAUCAAACCAGCAUGGUGGACAUUUAUGAAGGGGACCAAAAACUACCUAAAAGCACUUUGGAAAAUCAAGAGUGGUGAACCAGUUAGAGGAAUCAUAAACUUGCACUGUUAAAAUGAAGUGAACUGCCUGUAAAACUGAAGUGUAAAUGCAUUAUUCACUGUGAUUUUUCUGCUCAUUGUAGCGUAAGGUCCAACCAAAUUCUACAAAGUAGAAGAUAAAUGUUGUAAAUAUGUGUAUGAAAAUGUUAUAUAAAACUCUAGUUCUGAAUGAGUUUCACUAUGGGCAUAAACUGACUUAAAACAUUCCCAACAACUCAUGCAGCAUUCAGGUGUUUUAACCUGUUUCUGUUGAACAUACAUAGAUUUCCACACAGCAAAUCGCUGCUGAAGAAAAAAAAUUACAGGCAUGUUCCCUCUAUUUUUGUAUGCCUACUGUAAGUUAAAAACACAACAUAUCUAAGAACUUAGAAAAAAAAAGUUCAAGCACUUUGGAUUAUUAUAACCCAAAUGACUGAGAAUCUACAUCAACAUACUACAUAUAAGGUUGAAAGGUUCAAGGUACUUCAAGUAUUUGUUUAUAAAAAACAAUGGAAGUCCUCCAGUACUUUAACUUAAAGAGUCAUUUUUUUAAAAUGUGAUUAUUUGCAAUCACAUGCUUUUCAGUGACUGGAAACCGAACCAACUCCUUAAUAACUGUGGAAUUACUCAUAUUUAGUUGUGCAGUCUGCUACUCUGCAUAUUUCCAAACUAAUCAGCAAAAAUAGCAGACAGGCAGACAAAAAAAAUGCAGAUUGAUCAUUUGAUUGAUUGAAUAAUUGUGAAAAUGACGAGUUCUUCAAGGGUAGAAUACGAUAAUUUCUUAUAUUUAUAAAAUAUAUUAAUUUAAAUGACAUCAUUUUCAA